UUCUGUACAUGGAAGCAUAGUCAUUGGAAGGAGAUCGAGUGUAAGAUAUGAACACCAUGGGGACAGAAAAUCCUAACCGUGGAAAUUUCCCUCAAAGGCCUACUUCUUCUCCAAGCUUUGCUGCUUCUCCUCCUCCUCCAACCUUUGCUGCUGCUUCUCAGAGCACAACACCCUUUUUAUCAUCUGGCCCCGUGGUUGGGCCGGAGGCCUCUGCGUUUAGAACAACAACACCUACUGCUUUCCAGACUUCAAGGCCUUUCUUACCAUCUGCGCCAGUUGUUGGACCUGAAGCAUCUGGCUCUAGACCAACACAAACAGGUAGGUAUAAUGAUCCAUCUAUGCCUCCUCCACAAUCAUCUCAUGCCCCACCUGGUGUUGGAUCUUUCCAGCACUUCCGGACCCCACAAUUUCCUUCAACAGGUCAAAUAGCCACUCCACACAUUUCCGCUCCAGGACAGCCAGUUUUUUCCCCACCAAUUAGAUAUCCCACAGGUCAUGUUCCUUCCCCGCCUGUUUCUGCUCCUCUGCAGCCCCAGAUACCUGUGCCCAUGGGAUCCCCUCCUCAGAGCAUAAACCAGUUGCCUUCUGGCAUGAAUAUUCCUCCAUCAUCUUUACAUUCAUCAUUUUCUGCUCCAAGGCCAACCUUGCAACCAUUACAGUCAGGUUUUCCUCGUUAUCCUAGUAACCCAACUAAUGCAGUUACACAACCUCCUCCUGUACAGUCUGCGCAGUUUAUCACCAAUCAAGGAGGUUACGGUCCUGUCCCACCUGCAACAUCUGCCUCUUUUCCUUCCCGUCAAGGAGGUUAUGUUCCCUCUCCUCCUGUUGCUGCUCCACUAGGUGUCUAUUCAAGGGAACACAUGCAACACCAAGGUUUUGGACCUCCAAUGGGAGCUGUGCAGGGCUUGACAGAAGACUUCAGCUCUCUAUCUGUUGCGUCUGUCCCUGGAUCAAUUGAUCCAGGACUUGAUUCUAAAGCAUUGCCAAGACCAUUAGAUGGUGACGUGGAGCCGAAGUCUUUUGCUGAUACAUAUCCAAUGAAUUGCGAUCCUAGAUAUCUACGUCUUACAACUUGUGCAAUGCCAAAUUCUCAGUCUUUGGUUUCAAGAUGGCAUUUGCCUCUUGGAGCUGUUGUUUGUCCUCUAGCAGAAGCUCCUGAUGGGGAGGAGGUGCCGGUAGUUAACUUUGCCCCAACUGGCAUUAUUCGUUGUAGAAGAUGUCGAACAUAUGUGAACCCAUAUGUGACAUUCACAGAUGGUGGAAGAAAGUGGCGUUGCAACAUCUGUGCUUUGCUUAAUGAAGUUUCGGGUGAUUAUUUUGCACAUUUGGAUCCUAGCGGUAGAAGAGUGGACUUGAAUGAACGGCCUGAGCUUACGAAGGGUAGUGUUGAAUUUAUUGCUCCGGCUGAGUAUAUGGUGCGGCCUCCAAUGCCUCCGCUAUAUUUUUUCCUGAUUGACGUAUCAAUAUCAGCUGUUAGAAGUGGAAUGCUUGAGGUUGUGGCACAAACUGUUAAGUCUUGUUUGGAUGGAUUGCCUGGCUACCCCAGAACACGAGUUGGGUUCAUCACUUUUGACAGCAAUAUACAUUUUUAUAACAUGAAGUCAUCGUUGGUGCAGCCUCAAAUGAUGGUGGUUUCAGAUCUUGAUGAUUUAUUUGUUCCUUUGCCCGAUGAUCUCCUUGUCAACUUGUCAGAAUCAAGGAUUGUAGUGGAUGCUUUUCUAGAUAGUUUAGCCUCCAUGUUUCAGGACAAUGUCAAUGUGGAAUCAGCUUUUGGUCCAGCUCUUAAGGCAGCAUAUAUGGUUAUGGGCCAACUUGGUGGCAAAUUGUUAAUUUUCCAAAAUACGCUACCUUCACUUGGUGUUGGCCGCCUUAGGUUGCGUGGAGAUGACCUUCGUGUCUACGGAACAGAUAAAGAGCAUGCAAUAAGGAUAGCUGAAGAUCCAUUUUACAAGCAGAUGGCUGCUGAUUGUACUAAAUACCAGAUAGCGGUGAAUAUAUAUGCAUUCAGUGACAAGUACACUGACAUAGCGUCCCUUGGAACUUUGGCUAAAUAUACUGGUGGUCAAGUAUACUACUAUCCAAGCUUUCACUCAGCCAUUCACAAAGAGAAGUUGAGACAUGAGCUAACCAGAGAUCUUACAAGAGAAACUGCUUGGGAAGCUGUUAUGCGCAUAAGAUGUGGAAAAGGUGUGAGGUUCACAUCUUAUCAUGGUAACUUUAUGUUGCGGUCCACGGAUUUAUUAGCGCUCCCAGCUGUAGACUGUGAUAAAGCUUUUGCAUUGCAGUUGACCCUUGAAGAAACAUUAUUGACAAUGCAGACUGUAUAUUUCCAAGUUGCUUUAUUAUUCACUUCAUCUUCUGGAGAGAGGCGUAUCAGAGUACAUACUGCAGCGGUGCCUGUGGUUGCAGAUCUUGGAGAGAUGUAUCGCCAUGCUGAUACUGGCGCCAUAGUUUCUUUGCUUUGUAGGCUAGCAAUAGAGAAAACUCUGACCUAUAAACUGGAAGAAGCUCGAAACUCGGUUCAGCAGAGGAUUGUCAAAGCUCUAAAAGAAUAUCGAAAUUUAUAUGCUGUGCAGCAUCGCUUGGUAGGCAGGAUGAUAUAUCCAGAAUCAUUGAAGUUCUUGCCGCUAUAUGGGUUAGCACUCUGCAAAUCAAUUCCCCUUCGUGGUGGAUAUGCUGAUGCACAGCUUGACGAACGCUGUGCAGCAGGGCACACUAUGAUGACUUUACCUGUUAGAAAUUUGUUGCAGUUGCUAUAUCCAAAUUUGGUUCGAAUUGAUGAGGUUCUCAUGAAGGCUAAAUCUACGGCUGAUGAGUUUAAGGUUUCGAGGCUACCACUCACAGCAGAGAGCCUAGAUUCCAGAGGCCUUUAUAUUUAUGAUGACGGUUUUCGGUUUGUUAUAUGGUUCGGUAGAAUGGUUUCACCUGAUAUAGUUAUGAAUCUACUCGGUCAAGACUUUGCUGCAGACCUUUCGAAGGUUAUUUUGUGUGAGCGGGAUAGUGAAAUGUCAAGGAAGCUGAUGGCAAUACUUGAGAAAAUUAGGGAAGCUGACCCUUCAUAUUAUCAGCUAUGUCACCUUGUAAGACAAGGUGACCAACCUAGAGAAGGUUUCUUUCUCCUUGCAAACCUAGUUGAGGACCAGGCUGGUGGUAUGAACGGUUAUUUAGAUUGGAUCCUGCAAAUUCACCGGCAAGUGCAACAAAAUCCUUAGAGGUAAAAAUGAGUUGUUCUCAACAUGAUGUUUGGGGGACGCUUUUAAUUGUGUUCUCAACAAUGAGUAUCUCCCACUAUUUUUCGACUUUUUGUUUGAGAGGCUAAAAGUGGAAUGCUAAUAUCAUCUUGUCUAAUUAAAAGCCCGUGUCUUUGAUGGGAAAUGUUUGGGUUGGGUUAAGUUUAAAAAAAAAAAAAGCAUUUACGUGGUAGCGACGAGCAACAUCGAAAAAUACCUUCCCGGCCGAUGGGACUCUACCUCAAAAAGGUAACUUCUCGUGUUCAAUUGACUCCUUUCUGGCUUUACCUUUAAAUAAGGGUUCUCUUUCCUCCUGAGGGAAAGCCCUUUCCAGAUGGCGUAGUGCAUCACUGUCUUGGAAGCCUGCCCUAAAGAUAGGAGUUCUUAUCUCUACCGCCUAUCCAACCAGAAGACUCUUAUUAGUGGUGGAGUGCUUCGAGUAGGAUCCCAUCCCAUCCCAUCCCAUCCUAUCCCAGCAGUCAAAACUUCCUGACCCUGCUCACCUUCCUCUGAAGCUGGAAUGCCUUUCUUGUUCAGAAAUCAGGUUUCUGCCAUCCAUCAAUAGGCUAGAUUCCUGAAGCUUCUACUUGAAUAUGGAUACGGAAGCUUGUUUGAGAGAUGACGUAAUUGAUGAGGGACACAGAUAUAGUCACCAACAUGUGUGCAUCUUCAUCAUGCUAUGACAGGAAUAGCUUGGUAUUUUCAGUUCCUCUAUCUGAUUGCAGUUGUGAGCGGUUAAAUUUAAUUCAUAGUUUCAUACUAUUUUGUUUUGGUUUCAGGUCCAAUUUAAGUUUCAAACUUAUAGCCUCGAAACAGAUUUGUUGUUAAAUUGUAUUGUAAGUGCGAAGCCUAAACACAUCUUAUCUUAGGACCUAAACUAAUUGUAUUACGUUCUAAGCUUGAAAGUUGCGAGACAAGAUGGUUUACCUGAGCUGUAUUCUAAAACAA